AUGCGGCAUUCGGAUGUUCUUCCGCGACAGAGCACGAGAGAAGUGAUGACUGAGGCGGACGAGUUGUCAACAUCUGAAGGAGACGAGCGGCGCGGGCGCCUGGAGGAACUGCGGCAGUUGGAGCAAUCAAUAGAAACAGCCGCCGGCGUUGUCUUUCAACAACAUCUUGCAAUUCUGCGUUUAGAUCGCGAGAUACUUUUCGCGGAGAAAACACAUAGACAUCUUCACACAACAGAGAGGAAUCAAGCCACUCGUACAGCCUUUACACAACAGUUACAGGAUGUGGAGGAUCAUUUGGCUCAAGAGACGAAUAAAUACAUUCGAGUCUCUAAUGUAACGGCACUUUACUUUCUUAAUAAGAAACAAUACUCUCGUGCACUGCAGAUGUUAUUAAAAGUAGAAGGGAUGCUGCAAAAAGGCACUGGAAAGUGGUUUCCAUUCCUUCAAACAACGGAAUGUAUAGUACAGAAUUCUAAAGGUUUUAUUCAAUCUGUGGAAGAUCCAUAUUUAAAAGAUGCGGAAUGUGUACAAGAGAUUUGUGUUCCUUUCUUUACAAAACGUCAUGAGAAGAUGCGACAACUCGCUUUGGCGGUUGUGGAAAAUAAUAUUGGUCUGUAUCAUUUUAAAAUAGCCGAGUAUGAAUUAGCCGGUCAACGUAUGACCCGUGCUCUUCAGUUGGAAGAAGUUUUAGGUGUAGAAACAAUUGGAGUCACUUAUUUCAAUUUAGCCCAAACUCAAUAUGAACUAGGUUGUGUGGAAGAGGCUUUUUCCACUAUCAGCUUAGCAGAGGAGGCGAUUGAAAAACGUAUAUACGAUGGACGAACCCAGCGGAAUAAUCUCCGCCGAAUAGCCCAACAUCAGAGUGCACUUCCCGCUACUACUAUACCAGGAUUAGAAAGACGUGUAUUGGAUGUUUAUCUUGGUUGGCGUGAGGCGGUUUGUUUACUCUCACGGGUGUUAGAUAUGCAUGGACAAUGGUUAGAGGAAAAUAAAGCCUAUAAGGCGGCAAUGCAUCGAUAUGAACAGAGUGAACGUUGGAUCUCAUCUGUAAAGCGACAGAGUGUAGAGGAGAAAUCAUGGCGAGAGGAACUGCAGCGACGAAUGCAGGAAUGUAAACGUCGUUUACGGCAUGGUGGUUGUGUGCCUAAACCACCUGUUGUGUUAUCAUCAUCAUCAACAACAACAACAACAAAUGCGGGUAUUUCUUUUUCUUCUUUUACAGCUGCUGCGGGAAAGCCAAAGAGUAUUAUUGUGACGACUACACUUCCACGUCGAGUGGAGAUUGCGUUUGGGAUCACACCUUCUCUACUGGAAGAUGACAAUGAAGAAGAAGAAGAAAGAGAACAACAACAAACAGAUGGAAUACGAAGAAGGAAAAAAAAGACACAACCCAAACACUUUCAACAUAGAAAAUAUCCACAACAACCAAAAGAUCGACCAACACGUUAUACUGAUAUGAAUGGUCUCUCUGCCGCCACUUCACUUCCCUGUAAACAAAGUGACCAGUCGGAGACUCUCACAAAUGACAGUCGUGGGAGUUCACAUCAUCUUCGGUAUACUCCACACCGGCCAGCGUGGGAUUCAACCACAACUAUCAAUCGUCGAGAGGAACGACGUGCGGCUUCACGUCCAAUAAACACAAUAAACACAAACAACAUUCCAACAACAACAACAACAACAAGAGUGAACGUCAACACUUCAUCGGAUCCACAGACAUCAUCACAUAUCAUCAACUCAACCUGUAAUACACCACUCGCACAAAAAAUAGCAGCAGUUGAACGGCAUUCAAGAAAACAUACACAUCAUCAUCAUCAUCAUCAUAAUAGUGAUAAUGAUAAUAAUGGUACGGCAAACAUAAAUGUACAGACAACGCCUAAAGUGGGACCACCACGAUGUGAACGUGAAGGCCUCUUAUUCCGCCGCACACGAACAGACCUGCAGACAUCCACAUCAACAACCUCCACUAACACUACUACUAACACGACAACAACAUCAGUGCCAUCAUUGGCGCGGUGUAUUCACAUUUUACAAGCCUUUGCACGUGCACAACUCUCAUGUUUGGAACGUGAUUGGCGUGCAACCCCCUGCGGCCAUGUACAUGUUCCUUCUUUUUCUCCUUUAUCAUCAUUGGCGACUUCUUCACCGGUGAGUGAGGGGCCACAGUGUAAAAACCCUACACUUCGCUUCCAUUCAAGUAGUGAUCGCUCCACUGAGCAUUGUGGUAUCUCCAACACCACAGCCCCACCACACACAAAAGUGUAUACAAACAAAGGGGAGAUUGUGUUGGCCUUUUUCGCAGCACGUCGUUCCGCUCUUCUGAGUUUUCAGAAACACUUGGAGCAGAAAUAUAUGCAAAUUAUGAAGGGAGUGCCACGGGAAAUUGCGGCUUCUAUUGGACUAGCACAAAAUAUGGAAGUUGAGAAUAAGGCAAGAGAAGAAAAAGAAGAAAAAGAAGAAAAGAAACAAAUCAUGCCACAGACGGCUAGUGUGAAUGGGAUUUCACAUAUCACCUAUGAAACUCCAACAAAGAGUUCAUUAGGCAACAAGAAUAAUGGUUUAGAAGAAUGUUGCGAAAUGGAAGAAAAACCAACGCAGAGUGAAAAUUAUAAAAACAGUAAUGGCGUCUCUGAAGAAAGAUAUCAAAGGCGGUACAACUCACUUCUUCGUAUGGGACCUAGAGUAGAUGUGGAGAUGAAAGGCUACAACCACAAUCACAAUGAUAACAACAAAAAUAAUAAUAAUAAUAAUAAUAAUAAUAAUAAUAAUAAUAAUAAUAAUAAUAACGCUACUGCCCUUAAUGGGCAAUUAAACGGUAUCCCAAUAUCCAUCUCUUCUCAAGCUGCAACGCUUGACCCUCAUUCAAAUAUUUCUCUGACUCCACAUGUAUCUGAAGAUUCAUGUAGUCGUAAUGGAGUAACAGAUGAUUCCGCCCCAUCAUCACGACGAAUGAUUAUUAGUAAAGAUUCUGAUCGCUCACGUCUAACUGGAAAUGAUGUACAAAAGAAUACUGGUAUCCCUCGUGUUAUUUUUAGUCGAAUUCCUAGUGGUUUCGCAUUUACAGAUUGUUUUAAUGGCGGUGGUGUGAAUAGAGAAGAGUCCUACCAUAAUAGGAAGAGUCGACUAAAGACACGAAACCCCAUUUAUGGUCAGGUAUCCUCCUCCUCCUCCUCAUCGUUGUUAACAAAUAGUGAAACCACAACAAGUACGGCCCGAGCGACAACAGAACUUAUUAAACAACGCAUUCUGAGAGAAGAGGCGGCAACGAUCAUUCAAAAUGCAUGGCGCUGUUGGAAGGCACGCAGACAAUAUGAGGCAGUACGACGACUCAUUUAUAGAUGA